UUCUUUUUCUUUCCCCCCUUUCCCUCCCCUCCCUUGGAUGGAGACCGAGGGGAAAGGCUUUUGGAGCGCGCAGUCGAUGUAAACAGACGCAGGCGUUUCGCCUUUAGAGCACGGAGCCUGGCUUGUUGUUUGGAAAACUGCACCGGAGAACCGAGGGGGAUUUUCUUUUUAUACCAUGACCAUCACGCUCCCAGGUCCAUCUUUGCUCGCUCGCUGCGAGACGCGAGUGGACAGGAUCCGCUUCUGACUGGAAAGAGAAAAUGAGUUUCGGGGUGAGCUGCUGAACCAGAGGUGGACCUGUGGGGAGAAGAUCAGCAGCUGCGAGGGAGCCGCCAGCCUGCACGGCGCACGCAUCAAGAUGAGUUUAGAAAGUGAUGAUAAGAGAGCACGCACGCGAUCCAAGUCUAUCAGAGUGCCCACGGAGCUCAUCGGCCAGGAGGUGAGCUGUCCAACCCCAGGCUGUAAUGGCUCAGGACACAUCCGUGGGAAGUAUGCAAGACACAGAAGUUUACAAAGCUGCCCUCUAGCAAAGAAGAGGAAACUUCAGGAUGCGGAGGCCGAACAUCUGGUGUCCAAGAGAAAAUCCCAUCCGCUCAAGCUGGCCUUGGAUGAGGGCUACAACGUCGACAGCGACGGCAGCGAGGAGGCUGAGGCAAAGGAGGAAUCUGGCUCCGAUGAGUCGGAGGGGACCCUGGAGGAGGAUGAGGCAGAGGUGGUGGAGCAGGAGGAAACCCACAGCCCCGAGCCCUCAGAAGAGAGAAGCCCAUCAAAAUCAACCCAUUAUGGACAGAACACAGCAACAAGUACAUCUGGGCCCAGCAAGGCCAACUAUAGCAGCUAUCAAGAAAUAAUCGCCAACUCUCUCCUAAACCUAGGCCAAAUAGCAGAGGAAACCCUGGCCAUCGAAGGGCAGCUGCCUGAGGCUGAGCUGCAGGGCUCCAAGCCCCCAUCCAACGUUGUGCAUCUGGUCCAUGAGGAUGCGGGAGAGGAGGAGGAGUUAGUGGAGGAAGAGUGCGACAAGGAGAUCAUCAUCCAGACGGAGGAUGCAGAGGAAGUCAUCGAGGUCACCAGCGAACGCAGCAGCGAGUUGUGUCCGGAGCACCGGGACGAUGUGAACUGCGAGGAGUCCUGCAAACUGCAGAAGGCUGAAGCGGAAGAAGAGGAUGAGGAGGAGGAGGAGGAUGAAGAAGAGGAGGAAGAAGAGGAGGAAGAUGAGGAGGAGGAAGAGGAAGAAGAAGAGGAGGAUGAAGAGGAGGAGGAGAUGGCUCCGGAAGUGAUCUGUGAAGAAGCUCCUCACACUUCUCAGGACACCCAGAAAAGCCACUGUGAAGGGCAGUUCAGCCCCAAGCCCGAGUACUCGGUCAUCGUGGAGGUCCGGUCGGAUGAUGACAAAGACGAUGAUGCCCGAUCCCAGAAGUCAGCGGUGACUGACGAGUCAGAGAUGUACGACAUGAUGACCAGGGGCAACCUGGGGCUGCUGGAACAAGCCAUUGCGCUGAAAGCCGAGCAGGUGAAAAUUGUGCGGGAGCCCAGCCGGCUGCCGGGGGAGCACGUGAAGCACUUCCCCGUGGAUGAGAAGCAGAGCAAACCCCUGGACAGCAUCCGGAAGAGCUACUAUGGCAAAGAUCCCUCAAGACCCGAGAAGAGAGAAAUCAAAUGUCCAACUCCUGGCUGUGAUGGGACCGGCCACGUCACGGGACUCUACCCUCACCACCGCAGCCUCUCUGGUUGUCCGCACAAAGACAGGAUCCCUCCGGAGAUCUUGGCGAUGCACGAGAACGUGUUGAAAUGCCCCACACCAGGCUGCACAGGACAGGGUCACGUCAACAGCAACCGCAACACGCACAGGAGUUUAUCUGGGUGCCCCAUUGCUGCUGCUGAGAAAUUAGCCAAAUCACAUGAAAAGCAACAAACCCAGUCUGGUGAUCCUUCAAAGACCAGCUCCAACUCUGACCGGAUACUCAGGCCUAUGUGCUUUGUGAAGCAACUGGAGAUCCCUCAGUACGGAAGCUACCGGCCCAACAUGGUCCCAGCAACCCCCCGGGCCAACCUGGCCAAGGAGCUGGAGAAGUACUCCAAGGUCACCUUCGAUUAUGCAAGUUUUGAUGCUCAGGUUUUUGGCAAACGCAUGCUUGCCCCAAAGAUUCAGACUAGCGAAACCUCACCUAAAGCCUUUAAAUCCAAACCUUUUCCAAAGGCCUCUUCCCCCAGCCACAGCCCCUCCAGCAGUUACGUGAAGAGCACUUCAUCUUCCUCCACAGGCUUCGACUACUCGCAGGAUGCUGAGGCUGCGCACAUGGCUGCCACGGCCAUCCUCAACCUCUCCACCCGCUGCUGGGAGAUGCCAGAGAAUCUCAGCACCAAGCAGCAAGAGGCCCCUGGCAAGUCCAUGGACAUUGAGGUGGAUGAAAACGGGACUCUGGAUUUGAGUAUGAACAAGCACCGCAAGCGGGAGAGCACCUUUCCCAGCAGCAGCAGCUGCAGCAGUAGUCCCAGCAUGAAGUCCCCAGACGUGUCCCAGCGCCAAAACAGCACCAGUGCCACAAGCAGCACCAUGACCUCCCCCCAGUCCAGCCAGACCUCCCGCCAGGAUGAAUGGGAUGGGCCCAUUGACUACACUAAACCAAACCGCCAGCGGGAAGAGGAGCCAGAAGAGUCAGAGCCUGCUGCCCACUCUUUUGCCUCCUCGGAAGCAGAUGAGCAAGAAGUGACUGAGGAAAACUUUGAAGACCGAAAAUACCCAGGGGAGGUGACUUUAACCAACUUCAAGCUUAAAUUCCUCUCCAAGGACAUCAAGAAAGAGUUGCUCACUUGCCCAACCCCAGGCUGUGACGGCAGCGGACACAUAACAGGAAACUAUGCCUCUCACCGCAGCCUUUCUGGUUGUCCUCUUGCUGACAAGAGCCUCAGAAACCUCAUGGCUGCCCACUCUGCUGACCUCAAGUGCCCUACUCCUGGUUGUGAUGGCUCUGGUCACAUAACAGGAAAUUAUGCAUCGCAUAGAAGUCUGUCAGGCUGCCCUCGUGCCAAGAAAAGUGGGAUCAAGAUCACCCCGACAAAGGAUGACAAAGAAGACCCAGAGCUGAUGAAGUGUCCCGUUCCUGGUUGCGUUGGGCUUGGGCACAUCAGUGGCAAAUACGCCUCCCACCGGAGCGCCUCGGGGUGCCCCCUGGCAGCCCGCAGGCAGAAGGAAGGAUCACUCAAUGGCUCCUCCUUUUCCUGGAAGUCACUGAAGAACGAAGGCCCCACCUGCCCUACCCCAGGCUGCGACGGCUCUGGCCAUGCCAAUGGGAGCUUCCUCACUCACAGAAGUUUGUCGGGGUGUCCAAGAGCUACUUUUGCUGGGAAGAAAGGAAAACUCUCAGGGGAUGAUAUUCUCAACACAAAGUUCAAGACCAGCGAUGUUCUGGAGAAUGAUGAAGAGAUCAAGCAGCUGAACAAGGAGAUCAGUGAGCUGAACGAGUCCAACUCGGAGAUGGAAGCAGCCAUGGUGAAACUGCAGUCACAGAUCUCCAGCAUGGAGAAGAACCUGAAGAACAUCGAGGAGGAAAACAAAAUCAUAGAGGAGCAAAACGAAGCCCUGUUCCUGGAGCUCUCAGGGUUGAGCCAGGCUCUAAUCCAAAGUCUUGCCAAUAUCCGCCUUCCGCACAUGGAGCCAAUUAGUGAGCAGAACUUCGAUGCAUAUGUGAACACACUGACUGACAUGUACACCAACCAGGAGUGCUAUCAGAACCCAGAGAACAAGGACCUGCUGGAGACCAUCAAGCAAGCCGUCAAGGGCAUCCAGGUUUAGUGGUGCGGGACACAGACGAGCAAGCGACCAGCCUGUAAGAUGGAACUAUCCCUCCAAAUAUUCAGGUUUACAAGUUAGAAAACUUGUUUAAUGAAUGAAAAAAGUCAAAAAGACAAAAAAAAAAAAAGGACCAAAAUGUAACCAAGAGGCCAUUUGUGAGACGUGGAACUGAUCAAACUCAAUGUUCUCGUUUACUUAACUUUGGACCUUCUUGAGAAAAGUGGGAUUUUUUUCUCUACCUGGACCACGAGGUAGAUCAGGAUGGAAGGCUGAAUUCUCCAGUAGGCUGUGGGGCUUGGUAGCUGGUGAAGAGCAGGCAUCUUUCCUGAGUUGCCGUGCUCUUGCGGAGUUGAUCCAAGGGUUAAAACGUUACAAGAACAGGGUCUUGUCUGAUCCAAGACUAGCAUCUGACUGGCUUAAACCCUCAUGUUGUCUAUGGUCCUAUGUCCAGAUCACCUACUCACACAUGAAUUAUGUUCUGUGUUGCUACAAGUGCUGGAGCUGCAAGCCACCUGUAAAUCUGAACCGGUGCUGGGCCUCCCAGCCCCGAAGUGUUCAGAUCUCCACUGGGCAUGGGAACUCUUUAAGUAUUAUAAAGUAGCUUAUUUUUAUUUUCUGAAAGAAAUCUGAAGAGCAGUUCUGGAUCUCCAGUGGAAAGCGCAAUGGAAAAAAGGUUCUCAGGGAAGCUUUGGAGUUUGCAACUACAGUAUUCCUUUGUCUGUCUUAAAUAUGAGAAUAGCUAUUAUGAAUAGGCCAAUACCAGAUAUUUCCUACAGAAGAAUUCUUUAAUGUGUCAUGGUCCGGUGUAUAUGAUUUUUUGGAAGUCUGUUUGAUGACAGUUCUGGUUCUUUUCAUUGUUGGGAUCACCCUUGCAGUGGCGCAGUACUGCCAGUCCACAGGUCAUACAUCGAAUGCCAGAGAAACGGCUGAGAUUGUGAUGAACAGCAAAAAAACCCAAGAAACAAAAACCAACAAGAAGAGAGAUGUCAAUUAACGGCCAGCAAAGUGCUUACUACCACCAGUCAGUAGUUGAUUCCCUACAGGUAUCCACAGGGCAAUGGGUGGUUUUGGGUUUGGUGUUCUACGCUUGCUGCAAAAGUCACAGCACAAGUGCUGUAAAAAGGGAGGAAAAAAGAGUAUUCAGGUAUUGGGUAUUCUUCCAAAGAAGCAUUCUGUAAGCAGCUCGGUCCACGCAGCCCACUGUGCACUUAAAGAACAACUCAAUGAAUGUCUCUGCAGCACCCCACGUGCUCUCCCCAUGCUCAUUCCCAUCUGGAGCUCGCUGUUCCCCUCCUGCAAAUGCUUUGGAAGCAGAAAGGGGAAAAGCUCCCUGACGGGUCCCAGCAUGGGAUGCAUCCUGCAUCCCACAUCUCUCCCAGCAGCGGGGAGGGCAGAGCUGGGGUGGAUUUUGCUGAGCCCUCGUAAAGGCACAACUGUGGUGUCAUUUUGAGCCCAAUCCUGCAGAUAUUUGGGGUUUAGGGUGUAAUCCAUGAUUUGGAGUCGAUGGAAAGCUCCCCAGUGACUGCAGCAGCCAUUGGGUCUGUCCUUGGAGCUCCCGAGUGACUCAGCUCAUAUUGGCUCCCCUGUUGAGCUCAACAGGGCAGCUGGGGUGGGUGGGUUUGCUCAUGUCCAUAAGUGUUUGCAGGAUCAGACUCCAUGAGUUCACUUAUUUUAGAACCCAUUCCAAGUGCAAACAUAGAAAAGAAAGGGGAAAAAAAAGAAAUAAUACUAAUUUGAGGUGUUAAAAACACAAUGUUCUUAACAUGUAAAUAGAGUCCAAAUUGAUUGUGACUGCAAUUCAGUUAGUAUUUAAAAGUAGAGAAAUUGCACUUCCUGGAAGAAAGAGAGGGGGUAAACCCAUAAGUAGUUAGUUUAAUUAUCCUGUAAAUUAUUUAAUUUUGGCAAGAUGUAUGUAAUUUAUAUUGACAACACCUUCUGUUAACUUUUUUUUUUUGCUAUUUAUUUAACUUUUUUAUUUAUUAAUUUUCUACUGGUUUGAAAAACUGGACACUGCACCAUAGGAAAAAAAGAAAAAGCAAAAAAAUAAUAAAACCUUAAAAUUUAAAACUUUUGACCAUAAAAAAAAAGAUAUUCCAAAUAAAAAAAAAAAAGGAAAAAAAAAAGAACCCCUAUCUCCAACUCCUACUUGGAAUUUUGAUGCAACCGAGUUAUUUUUUAUAUAUUUUGUUAUUUAUUCUUUUAAGGAAGGGAAUUUUUUUAAAGAUAUUUUAUACCUGAGACCUUUUGAUAAGUUUUUGGUUUGUUUUUUUGCGGGAGCACUUGAGGGGGGGGAGGGACGGUGGGGCAAAAGAGAGACCUUUUCAGUUCGAUCUUUCUUUUCCAUUCCUAUCGUUUCAGGCACUGAUAACAGGAGAUGAGAAUCGUGUAUUUAUUAUUUAUUUAAUAUUUAAGUCGGGGAGGGGGGGGAAAAAAGCAUUGACCUGUGCUCUUGUUGUAUAUUUAUUUUGUCGUUUGUGUGUUGGUUACGUGAUGACUGAGUACUUGUUUCUGUGAAGGAAUACUGUUCCUAUUUAAAUAAUAAAGAGUCACAUUGAAAGUUAUAGCAGGCUACAUGUUAUUCUGUGAAAACCAAUACUGUGAUCUACUUUCCUCAGGAAAUGUACUUUGCAGACAGAACUUCCUUAUGUACUGGCAGGGUUAUUUCGUAAUAAAACCCAGUUCUGUUUGUGACUUUA